GUUCACUUUGUGAGUGGUUCACCUAAGACUAUAGCUCUGCGUCCAGUUAAAAGGAAAGAAGGAAAGAAAGAAAAAAAAACUAUUAAGAAGAAGGAAGGAAAGAAAGAGAAAAAACUAUUUCUUAAUUUAAAAAGAUCAAACGAAAGAAAGAGAGAAAAAAAACUAUUUCUUAGUUAAUAAGAAAAAAAAGAAAAAAAGUUUAGUUAUUCCUUAGUGAAAACAAAAAAAGAAAGAAAAGAAAAGAAACAGGAACAACAGAAAUAAACAAAAGACGAUCAUAGUACCUCAGUAAAAAAUUUUCGACCCAAGUUUCGAAACCCAGGAUCGAGCUCGUGUCCCCCUCCGCUUCACGAGGAUGGCGAGGAGGACGACCUUAUCCCGAGCGCUGGUGACCUUAGCGCUCCUGACGGUGGCCUUUGGAGGGCAAGGAACCCAGGCCUUUCCUUGGAGGGAGCCGAGGCAGACGUCCUUCUUCAGCGGCCUCGUCAACGCCCUCCUCAGGUCGUCGUCGGAUUUUCAAAGCUUCGCCUCUACGGCGGAUCUGUGUCGAAUGGCCGGUUAUGAAGUCGAGGAGCAUCGCGUCGUAACCGAAGAUGGUUAUAUCCUCACUGUGCAUCACGUGCCGCCUUUCGCUAACCCCACGAGGGGGGGAGGGCAUUCAGAAAGUGAUCAUUCCCCUCCCGCGACCCCGGUCAAAGACGAAAGAAGAUCGAGAAGCGCGGAAUCGGCAGGAGAAGGCGGCCAUGCGCAUGUUGGAUCAGGCAAUGUUGUAUUCCUUCAACAUGGCCUCAUGGGAUCGUCGGAUAAUUGGAAUACGAAUACUGAAGAAGAUAGUUUAGCUUAUCUCCUGUCCAACGCCGGCUUCGACGUGUGGAUGGGAAACUUCCGGGGAAACAUUUACUCUCGGGGUCACGUCUCCAUGACUCAUGAUAACCCCGAAUUCUGGAGGUUCAGCUACGACGAGAUGGCCCGCCACGACCUGCCCUCCAUGCUGGACUACGUGGCCAACCGCACCCGGGCCGAGAAGAUGCACUACGUCGGGCACUCGAUGGGCACCACCGUCUUCUUCGCCCUCAUGAGCUCCCGGCCGGAGUACCAGAGCAGAGUGAGGUCCAUGGUGGCCCUCGCGCCCGUGGCCACCGUCGAGAGCAUCACCUCGCCCAUCAAGUACCUGGCGCCUAUCGUCAGCGAACUCCAUUUUAUGCUCCGCCUCUUCGGUAACGACGAGGAACUCAUGACCAACCGCCUCCUGACCUCGCUGUGGGACCCUUACCGCGUGUGCGGCAACCAGGCCAUUUGCGAGAAUCUGCAGUUCAUGAUCACGGGAUUCGACCCCGACAGAGCGGACAAGAAAAUGGUCCCCGUUAUCCUUUCGCAUAACCCCGCGGGCGCUUCGACUCAAACUCUGUUCCAUUUUGUACAGGGAUUUAAUUCGGGUCGUUUCCAGAAGUACGACUGGGGCAAGAAGGGCAACAUGCUGAAGUACGGGACCGAGCAACCCCCCGAGUACGACGUCUCGAAAAUCGACCUUCCCGUCACGCUGUUCUGGGGCGCCAACGACUGGCUGACCGGUAAUGAGGACAUCAAGCGUCUCGAGAAACAACUGCCCCAACUCCAAGCCAGUUAUAAGGUAUCGAAUCCUGUCUUUAGCCACUUGGAUUUCCUCUGGGCAACAGACGCCCGCUCUCUCGUCUAUGAUAAGCUCUUCGAUAUCUUGAACAACGAAGUGAGAACUUGAUGUUGUUGAUAAUAAUAAUACUUAUAAAAAAAUAGUUAAUAUGUUGAUAAUAUUUGAUAAUCUGUUUAUAAAAGAUGUGUGUUGUAUUUUUUGUAUUUGGCGUCUGUGAUUUCCGGACUUUAUUUGGGGUUAUUAUUUAAAAAAAAUGGUGAUAUUCUUUGAACCACAUUAAGCGUUGUUGCAGUUAUUAUCAUUAUUACUGAAAUUGUUAAUUUAUCAGAACCAUAUAUUAAUAAUAUUACCAUUAUUAGUAACAGAAGCAUUAUAAUGAUAAUUAUUAUUAGUUAUUAUUAUCAUUGUUAUUAUAAUUGCCAUUAUACUGUAUUAUCAUCAUUUUUCAUCGUUAUUAUCAUUAUUAUUGUUGUUAUUAUCAUUUCGUUACAACACUACUAACGUUAUGAUUAUUAUGAUUCUGCAUUUAAUUAAUAUGAUCUUUUUCAUCAUCAUUAUGAGAGUCAUUAUAUUAUAUUAGGAAUACAUUAGUAAUCUAUCCCUAACAACAAUAGCGUUAAGAAUAAUACAAAUAUUAACAAGGGUAUUCAUGGAAAUAAUAUAUAGAAAUAAUUAUGAUGACGUGAAAAGGAUGAAUUGAUGAAUAAUGAUGUUAAUUGUAUAUUUGAUGUACUUUUGACACGAGUUCGAUGUUGAGUUGAUGUAUGUUUGUCGCAAACAGUUGAUGAACAGAGGAACUUGAUAUUAGAAAGACGGUGUUUGAUGAUGUUAUGAAAAUCACAUUUAGAAAAUAAAGUCUAGGUUGAUUGGGAUGUUCUCGUGUGAACUUUUGUGGUUAAUAUAUAU